UUUCGAUUUAAAAGCUAUAACAUGUAUCAUAAAUCAUUUUUGUAUAACAAAAAUAUCGUCCCAUUCUCUACAUAUUUUUCGAGUGAUAAAAAAUGCGCACUUUUGUACUAAAUUUUGAAAAAAGUUGGUUAUACAUCGUGCUAUAUUAUUAUUUUGGAUGUGUAUUUGUGAAAACUCACCCUGUGUGUCCGCCACGAGAUGGUCAGGAAUCAAUCUACCAUCCUCAUGAAGAUUGUACAAAAUUUUGGCAGUGUUCCAAUGGGGUCCCUUAUUUAUUCAACUGUCCACCAAGUCUUUAUUUUAAUACAAAAUUAAACGUUUGCGACUGGCCGUACAAUGUGCAAUGCCCCCCACCCACAACUCAACCAACAACAACCUUAACCAACAAACCGCCAAUAGUGACCACCAAACAACCCCCACCUUUGACAACAACAACUCAAAAAACACCAUGGAGUUCUGAAAGCACCGGAACAACAGAUACAUCUGAAAUAACUUCCAUCUUACCAAGUUCACAAUUUACUACUAUAGAAACAUCUUCAAUCGGAACAAUAUCUGAUAAUACAAAAGUAUCUAUUAGUACCUCAAAAGCUACUACUCCUAAGAUUACUAGUACAUCAACAGCUGCACCCAAUACUUACGACACGACGGAUAAAUCUACAGAUAUAAGUUCAAAACCUACUAUAAGUACCAGCUCAAAACUUAGUACUCUAUCAACAUAUGUUACUACUACCUCAAACAUUCCUACAAUAUCUUCUAUUAAAACUAGCACUUCACGAAGUACUUUAGAGCCCUUAACAUUCCAGACUACGUCUUUACUAACUUCAGAUGGUAGUAAUUCAUCCUCAGAACUACCAAGUACUGCUGAAGCAUCGACGGUCACAAUACCAAUAGUCUCAUCAGAAUAUACUUCUACAUCUUCACCAAACACUCCUAAAUCUUCAACACUAUCUUCUACACAAAGCAGUCCAACCGAUACGACUAGGAUAAGUACCAAAUCUACAACUGCUACUUCUUCAGAAACCAAUACCUCUGAGUCGGAUUCAUCAGUAACUACAACAUCACAUACUACUGAUGACCUUGAUGAUACAGAUACAACUCAAGAUAGAUUGACUUCAUCGGAUACUUCAAAAAUUACAUCAACCACUGAACUUGUUAUAUCAAGUAGAAUACCUCAAAGUACCACAAGCAUAACGACAAUGCUAGAAGAUGAUAUUACUACAGAUGAAUUUACAGAAACUACUGAUAGUAUAAAUGAUACAAGUCAUACAACAGACAGUGAAAAUAUACCAAAUUCUAGUAAGAUAACUACACCAGAAGAAUUUAUAGAAGAAACAUCUACCACAGAAACAAAAGAAGAUGCAAGUAUGACUUCUACUUCAACAACAGGGAAUGAUAAUAUACCAAGUUCUAGUAAAACAACUAUAACAGAAGAAUUUACAGAAGAAAAAUCUACUGCAGAAUCUACUUACAGUACUAAUAAUCAAGGGAAUAAUACAGAAACAAAAGAAGAUGGAACUAUCAUUUCUACAUCAACAACAGAUAAUGAGAAUAUACCCAAUUCUAGUAAAACCACUAUAACAGAAGAAUUUAGGGAAGAAACAACUAUUACAGAAGCCAGUUACAGUACUAAUAAUUAUGACAAUACUACGGAAACAAAAGAAGAUGAAAGUAUAACAUCAACAACAGAUGGUUCAACGAGCACAAGUAUAAAACAUAUAACCAGUACUAGUACGGAAACAAUUGGAUCUGAGAGUUCUAUUGAUAUAUCUUCAAGUAGUAUAGAAACAGAAGAAGAUACAGAAGAAACAAUUACUACAGAAUCUACUUACAGUACUAAUCAUGAAGAGAAUACUACAGAAACAAAAGAUGAAAGUAAGAUUUUUACAUCAACAACAGACAAUGAGAAUAUUCCCAAUUCUAGUCAAACCACUAUAACAGAAGAAUUUACAGAAAUAACAACUACUACUUACAGUAUUAAUGAUGAAGACAUUACAACAGAAAUAAAAGAAGAUGAAAGUAUGACUACGACAUCAACAACAGAUGGUCCAACGAGCACCAGUACAAAACAUGUAACCAGUGCUAGUACAGAAACAAUUGGAUCUGAGAGUUCUGUUGAUAUAUCUUCAAGCAGUGUUGAAACAGAAGAAGAUACAGUAGAAACAACUACUAAAGAGUCUAUGUACAGUACGAAUCAUGAAGAGAAUACUAUAGAAACAAAAGAAGAUGAAACUAUCAUUUCUACAUCAACAACAGACAAUGAGAAUAUACCCAAUUCUAGUAAAAGCACUAUAACAGAAGAAUUUACAGAAAACAUAACUAUUACAGAAACUAGUUACAGUACCAAUAAUGAAGACAAUACUACAGAAACAAAAGAAGGUGAAAGUAUGGCCUCAACAUCAAGAACAGAUGGUUCAACUAGCACCAGUACAAAACAUAUAACCAGUACUAGUACAGAAACAAACGGAUCUGAGAGUUCUGUUGAUAUAUCUUCAAGUAGUAUUGAAACAGAUGGAAAUACAGUAGAAACAACUACUACAGAAUCUACAUACAGUACAAAUCAUAAUGAGAAUACUACAGAAACAAAAGAAGAUAAAACUAUCAUUUCUACAUCAACAACAGACAAUGAGAAUAUACCCAAUUCUAGUAAAAGCACUGUAACAGAAGAAUUUACAGAAAAUAUAACUAUUACAGAAGCUAGUUUCAGUACCAAAAAUGAAGACAAUAAUACAGAAACAAAAGAAGAUGAAAGUAUGACUUCAACAUCAAGAACAGAUGGUUCAGCUAGCACCAGUACAAAACAUAUAACCAGUACUAGUAGUAAUGUUGAAACAGAAGAAUAUACAGAAGAAACUAUAACAGACAAUACUAGUACUACUGAAACAAGUGACAAUACUGUUAAUAGUUCUAGCAUAAUUGUUGAUACAACAACUUUUGAGACAAUCACAGAAAAAUCUAACGAUAUGAUUACAAGUAGUAUCACAGAUAGUAUUGCUAGUAUUACAGAAUUUUACACAAGAGAUUCAUCUACAGAAUCUGAUCCAAAUAGAACUGUAAUUACAGAUGAGACAAGUUCUAGUAGUAGCACUGUUGUAACUAGUAGACCUAUUAGCAGUAGUAGAGCUAUAUCUAGUAGUACCAUUAGUACCACAAGAGCAAAUGAAAAUCUCGAUUAUAUUUGUCAAAAUAAUCCUGGCCAAUAUUUUCUUACAGCCCACCCUGCCAAUUGUGCCUUAUAUAUUGCUUGUUCAUUUGGAAAGGCAAACAUUUACCGCUGUAGUAACGGACUCUGGUUUAGCAGCGGACACUUACGAUGCGUGGAGUCGCAUUUAUCGGAUUGUAAACGAAUGGACACGACCUCGAUAAUAAGUAGUGCGCCCUUUAUCACGACUAUUAUCGAUAAUAAUGAAAAUACUCAAAUAAUAUGUUCCGAUGUUAAUAAAAUAACUUAUAAUUGUCACCCUGAAUAUUGUACGAAGUUUAUUGUUUGUGUUCACGGCGUAGAGUAUGUUAUGGAUUGUCCAUCAGGACUAUGGUUUGAUCAGAAUUUGGAAAAAUGUGUUUAUCCACACAAUACUAAAUGUUUUGCUGCAAAAAAUAGAAAACUUUUAAGAACUAUGUCGAUAUUUGCUAAUAUAAAAGGAUACAUCCAUUCUUCAUUAAUAGACAAUUUUAGAUUUGAACCUAGUUUUUGCUUGUAUAGUAGAACGAUGGUUCCAGUUCUGAUUUUAUUCUUUUUUUGUGUUAGUGUCCAUUCUGGAUUGGCUAACGUAGAAUGCCCGAAAGUUGAUGGUCCGGACUCAGUUUACUAUCCUCACGAAGACUGUGCAAAAUUCUAUCAAUGUUCAAACGGAGUUCCUUACGUACACAACUGCUCGUCAGGUCUACACUUCAAUUCGAAGUUGAACGUUUGUGAUUAUCCAUUAGAAGCAGGCUGUGAAGAAAUUACAAUUGAUUAUCCGUCUAGUCCGCCUAGUGAUGAUAAUGGAGAUAAAAAUUUCUGCUUACUUAAAAGUUUUCUUUGUCCUCCUAUUGAUGGAUCGACUUCCGUAUAUUUCCCACAACAAAAUUGUACCAAAUUCUGUCAAUGUUCAAAUGGCGUUCCAUAUGAACACACAUGUCGAGACGGUCUUCAUUUUAAUCCCAUAUUAAACGUUUGUGACUGGCCUGAAAAUGCAGGAUGCAGAGGCUCAGAAACUCAUACAUGCCCUACUAUUACUACACCAUUUACACCAACAGAUUCAACCACUCCGAAUUCCAAUUCAUGCCAAAAAGAAGGAAUUGUCUGCCCAGCAGUAGAUGGACCCGACUCAGUUUAUUUUCCUCUCAGCGAUUGUACUAAAUUCUGCCAAUGUUCUAACGGUGUGCCAUAUGAACAUGAUUGUCCUGCUGGUCUUCACUUUAACCCAAAAUUGAACGUUUGCGACUGGCCACAGAAUGCAGGAUGCGGAGGCUCAGACACAGUGACAACAGAACAGACUGUCACACCAACACAAGAUAGUGGAAACAACACAAACCCAACUCCAGCUCCUAAUUCAUGUCAAAAAGAAGGUGUCGUUUGCCCAGCAGUAGAUGGACCCGAUUCAGUUUAUUUCCCUCUCAGCGAUUGUACUAAAUUCUGCCAAUGUUCCAACGGUGUGCCAUAUGAACAUGAUUGUCCUGCUGGUCUUCACUUCAACCCAAAAUUGAACGUUUGCGAUUGGCCACAGAAUGCGGGAUGUGGAGCCUCAGACCCAGUGACAACAGAACAGACUAUCACGCCCACAGAAGACAGUGGAAACAACACAAACCCAACUCCAGCUCCUAAUUCAUGUCAAAAAGAAAGUGUCGUUUGCCCAGCAGUAGAUGGACCCGAUUCAGUUUAUUUCCCUCUCAGGGAUUGUACUAAAUUCUGCCAAUGUUCCAACGGUGUGCCAUAUGAACAUGCUUGUCCUGCUGGUCUUCACUUCAACCCAAAACUGAAUGUAUGCGAUUGGCCACAGAAUGCAGGAUGCGGAGGCUCAGACCCAGUGACAACAGAACAGACUGUUACACCAACACAAGACAGUGGAAAUAACACACACUCAACUCCAGCCCCUAAUUCAUGUCAAAAAGAAGGUGUCGUGUGCCCGGCAGUAGAUGGACCCGAUUCGGUUUAUUACCCUCUCAGCAAUUGUACUAAAUUCUGCCAAUGUUCCAACGGUGUACCAUAUGAACAUGAUUGUCCUGCUGGUCUUCACUUCAACCCAAAAUUGAAUGUUUGCGAUUGGCCACAGAAUGCAGGAUGCGGAGGCUCAGACCCAGUGACAACAGAACAGACUGUCACAACAACACAAGACAGUGGAAACAACACAAACCCAACUCCAGCUCCUAAUUCAUGUCAAAAAGAAGGUGUCGUUUGCCCAGCAGUAGAUGGACCCGACUCAGUUUAUUUGCCUCUCAGGGAUUGUACUAAAUUCUGCCAAUGUUCCAACGGUGUGCCAUAUGAACAUGCUUGUCCUGCUGGUCUUCAUUUCAACCCAAAACUGAAUGUUUGCGAUUGGCCACAGAAUGCAGGUUGCGGAGGCUCAGACCCAGUGACAACAGAACAGACUGUUACACCAACACAAGACAGUGGAAACAACACAAACUCAACUCCAGCUCCUAAUUCAUGUCAAAAAGAAGGUGUCGUUUGCCCGGCAGUAGAUGGACCCGAUUCGGUUUAUUUCCCUCUCAGGGAUUGUACUAAAUUCUGCCAAUGUUCCAACGGUGUGCCAUAUGAGCAUGCUUGUCCUGCUGGCCUUCACUUCAACCCAAAACUGAAUGUUUGCGAUUGGCCACAGAAUGCAGGAUGCGGAGGCUCAGACCCAGUGACAACAGAACAGACUGUUACACCAACACAAGACAGUGGAAACAACACAAACUCAACUCCAGCUCCUAAUUCAUGUCAAAAAGAAGGUGUCGUUUGCCCGGCAGUAGAUGGACCCGAUUCGGUUUAUUUCCCUCUCAGCGAUUGUACUAAAUUCUGCCAAUGUUCCAACGGUGUGCCAUAUGAACAUGAUUGUCCUGCUGGUCUUCACUUCAACCCAAAAUUUAAUGUUUGCGAUUGGCCACAGAAUGCAGGAUGCGGAGGCUCAGACCCAGUGACAACAGAACACACUGUCACACCAACACAAGACAGUGGAAACAACACAAACCCAACUUUAGCUCCUAAUUCAUGUCAAAAAGAAGGUGUCGUUUGCCCAGCAAUAGAUGGACCCGAUUCGGUUUAUUUCCCUCUCAGCGAUUGUACUAAAUUCUGCCAAUGUUCCAACGGUGUGCCAUAUGAACAUGAUUGUCCUGCUGGUCUUCACUUCAACCCAAAAUUGAACGUUUGCGAUUGGCCACAGAAUGCAGGAUGCGGAGGCUCAGACCCAGUGACAACAGAACAGACUGUCACAACAACACAAGACAGUGGAAACAACACAAACCCAACUCCAGCUCCUAGUUCAUGUCAAAAAGAAGGUGUCGUUUGUCCAGCGGUAGAUGGACCCGAUUCAGUUUAUUUCCCUCUCAGCGAUUGUACUAAAUUCUGCCAAUGUUCCAACGGUGUGCCAUAUGAACAUGCUUGUCCUGCUGGUCUUCACUUCAACCCAAAAUUGAAUGUUUGCGAUUGGCCACAGAAUGCAGGAUGCGGAGGCUCAGACCCAGUGACAACAGAACAGACUGUCACACCAACACAAGACAGUGGAAACAACACAAACCCAACUCCAGCUCCUAAUUCAUGUCAAAAAGAAGGUGUCGUUUGCCCGGCAGUAGAUGGACCCGAUUCGGUUUAUUUCCCUCUCAGGGAUUGUACUAAAUUCUGCCAAUGUUCCAACGGUGUGCCAUAUGAGCAUGCUUGUCCUGCUGGCCUUCACUUCAACCCAAAACUGAAUGUUUGCGAUUGGCCACAGAAUGCAGGAUGCGGAGGCUCAGACCCAGUGACAACAGAACAAACUAUUACACCAACACAAGACAGUGGAAACAACACAAACUCAACUCCAGCUCCUAAUUCAUGUCAAAAAGAAGGUGUCGUUUGCCCGGCAGUAGAUGGACCCGAUUCGGUUUAUUUCCCUCUCAGCGAUUGUACUAAAUUCUGCCAAUGUUCCAACGGUGUGCCAUAUGAACAUGAUUGUCCUGCUGGUCUUCACUUUAACCCAAAAUUGAAUGUUUGCGAUUGGCCACAGAAUGCAGGAUGCGGAGGCUCAGACCCAGUGACAACAGAACACACUGUCACACCAACACAAGACAGUGGAAACAACACAAACCCAACUCCAGCUCCUAAUUCAUGUCAAAAAGAAGGUGUCGUUUGCCCGGCAGUAGAUGGACCCGAUUCGGUUUAUUUCCCUCUCAGGGAUUGUACUAAAUUCUGCCAAUGUUCCAACGGUGUGCCAUAUGAACAUGCUUGUCCUGCUGGCCUUCACUUCAACCCAAAACUGAAUGUUUGCGAUUGGCCACAGAAUGCAGGAUGCGGAGGCUCAGACCCAGUGACAACAGAACAGACUAUUACACCAACACAAGACAGUGGAAACAACACAAACUCAACUCCAGCUCCUAAUUCAUGUCAAAAAGAAGGUGUCGUUUGCCCGGCAGUAGAUGGACCCGAUUCGGUUUAUUUCCCUCUCAGCGAUUGUACUAAAUUCUGCCAAUGUUCCAACGGUGUGCCAUAUGAACAUGAUUGUCCUGCUGGUCUUCACUUUAACCCAAAAUUGAAUGUUUGCGAUUGGCCACAGAAUGCAGGAUGCGGAGGCUCAGACCCAGUGACAACAGAACACACUGUCACACCAACACAAGACAGUGGAAACAACACAAACCCAACUCCAGCUCCUAAUUCAUGUCAAAAAGAAAGUGUCGUUUGCCCAGCAGUAGAUGGACCCGCUUCAGUUUAUUUCCCUCUCAGCGAUUGUACUAAAUUCUGCCAAUGUUCCAACGGUGUGCCAUAUGAACAUGCUUGUCCUGCUGGUCUUCACUUCAAUCCAAAAUUGAACGUUUGCGAUUGGCCACAGAAUGCAGGAUGCGGAGGCUCAGACCCAGUGACUACAGAACAGACUGUCACAACAACACAAGACAGUGGAAACAACACAAACCCAACUCCAGCUCCUAGUUCAUGUCAAAAAGAAGGUGUCGUUUGUCCAGCAGUAGAUGGACCCGAUUCAGUUUAUUUCCCUCUCAGCGAUUGUACUAAAUUCUGCCAAUGUUCCAACGGUGUGCCAUAUGAACAUGCUUGUCCUGCUGGUCUUCACUUCAACCGAAAAUUGAAUGUUUGCGAUUGGCCACAGAAUGCAGGAUGCGGAGGCUCAGACCCAGUGACAACAGAACAGACUGUCACACCAACACAAGACAGUGGAAACAACACAAACCCAACUCCAGCUCCUAAUUCAUGUCAAAAAGAUAGUGUCGUUUGCCCAGCAGUAGAUGGACCCGAUUCAGUUUAUUUCCCUCUCAGCGAUUGUACUAAAUUCUGCCAAUGUUCCAACGGUGUGCCAUAUGAACAUGCUUGUCCUGCUGGUCUUCACUUCAACCCAAAAUUGAAUGUUUGCGAUUGGCCACAGAAUGCAGGAUGCGCAGGCUCAGACCCAGUGACAACAGAACAGACUGUCACACCAACACAAGACAGUGGAAACAACACAAACCCAACUCCAGCUCCUAGUUCAUGCCAACAAGAAGGUGUCGUUUGUUCAGCAGUAGAUGGACCCGAUUCAGUUUAUUUCCCUCUGAGCGAUUGUACUAAAUUCUGCCAAUGUUCCAACGGUGUGCCAUAUGAACAUGCUUGUCCUGCUGGUCUUCACUUCAACCCAAAAUUGAACGUUUGCGAUUGGCCACAGAAUGCAGGAUGCGGAGGCUCAGACCCAGUGACAACAGAACAGACUGUCACACCAACGCAAGACAGUGGACACAACACAAACCCAACUCCAGCUCCUAAUUCAUGUCAAAAAGAAAAUGUCGUUUGCCCAGCAGUAGAUGGACCCGAUUCGGUUUAUUUCCCUCUCAGCGAUUGUACCAAAUUCUGCCAAUGUUCCAACGGUGUGCCAUAUGAACAUAAUUGUCCUGCUGGUCUUCACUUCAACCCAAAAUUGAACGUUUGCGAUUGGCCACAGAAUGCAAGAUGCGGAGGCUCCGACCCAGUGACAACAGAACAGACUGUCACACAAACACAAGACAGUGGAAACAACACAAACCCAACUCCAGCUCCUAAUUCAUGUCAAAAAGAAGGUGUCGUUUGUCCAGCAGUAGAUGGACCCGAUUCGGUUUAUUUCACUCUUAGCGAUUGUACUAAAUUCUGCCAAUACCACUUUACGCGAUAUGCUGAGGCGAUACCCAUAAAAGACCUAUCGGCCGAAACUGUGGCGCGUGUUUUUGUGAACGAGGUCGUCCUUCGGCAUGGAGCGCCGGAGCGGUUACUGACGGAUCAAGGGACAAAUUUUGUUUCGGAGCUAAUGAAAGAAGUUUGUAGACUAUUGGGAAUCAAGAAGAUUCAAACCACGGCGUAUCGGCCCCAAGUAAAUGGACGGGUGGAGCGAUUGCACCGAACCUUUAUUGGAAUGGUGAAGCAUUAUGUGAACAGUAAGGCACGGGACUGGGACGAACAUAUAGGACUGGCGCUAAUGGCUUACCGGAGUGCGAAACAUAAUGCUACGGGCUUCACCCCAAAUUGGUUAAUCUUUGGGAGGGAAGUACAUAUUCCUUUUGACUGUGACGUGGGACCGAGAAUAGAUGACCGAGGAGAGUUAAGCUACCCAGCGGAACUGCGAAGGCGACUGGACGAGGCUUAUAUAUUAGCAGCAGAACAAGCGCGGAAACUAGAACAAACUAAUGCCGAGAGAAUGGAUCGGGGAAGGCACGAGAGAAAUUUAAAGGAGGGUGAUUAUGUAUAUAUUCAAAAUCCGAUCGUGCCCAGCGGAGUCAGUAAGAAGUUUUUCAAACCAUGGAGUGGGCCAUACAAAAUCAUAGAAAAACGCGGGGCUGUGAACUACGUGGUAGAUAAGGGCGACGGUAAGACCCAAACUUACCACAUAGAUCGGCUAAAAUAUUAUAAAGCCUGGGAAGAUCCAGACGUAUCGGAAGAACAAAUCGGCAACCAAGCAAAACCUACGUUAUCCCUUCCGCGAAUAAUAGAAGAUGGAGUAGAGGAGAGACCCAGGAUGACCGACGACGAGGGAAGCGACGAGGAAGGAGAGAUUGUAUGGGGUUAUGCAAGAGAGCCAGAGGUUGACGACGAUGACUUAGGGGGUACGGCAGAUAUUGGAGACGUUCCGGACGAAUCGAGAAUGAUAACCCCAAGAACGAGAAGGCCUCCACAGCGAUACACUCCAACCUCCGAUGGAGUUAACGAAAGUGAGUUCUGGACAGAUGACUCCGGUCUCAGUGAAGAACUGCAGGACUUACAGCAGCUUACGGACACCAACAGUGAAGAAGAGCAGAUGGUAACGGCAGAAGUAGGGGAAAGUUCGGGUGACGAGGAAAUCCUAGACGUAAUUAACGAAGCAACCGUGGAGGAACCUAGGUUAUCAAGAGGAGGCCGGCCUCAGCGAGAGAGGCGAAAACCCCUUAGAUAUCGUGUAGAGGAUUGA